AUGAGUGGAACGAAGCGAAAGUCCGCAGCGUCGAGUAGUGGAGCCGGCCCUUCCGAAGCGAAGAAGCUCGCCGUACACUCGUUCUUUACCGGCGGAGCCAAGACGCUGGGUAAUUUCCAGCAAUCUCCACCUACUCUUGUCCACUUCCUGCACAACGAUCCCUUCAACUACCCCUCAUCCACUGCCUCAACCUCUAGCUCGGCACCCAAUCCCGCUCAGGGCAUACCGGUCGAGGCCGAAUCCAGCUCGUCCACCUCUACCUCCAAAAAGAUCUCAGUGAUCUUCUAUGACCUGGACGGCACACUCAUCAAGACCAAAGGGACCAACACGUACCCCAACGGCCGGGAUGACUGGGCGUGGUGGCAUCCCUCGGUGCCAAAGCGGCUGAAGCAGGAGGUGGACGAGGGGAAGCACUUGAUAGUGAUCAGUAAUCAAGGAGACUCCAGGGAGAAGAUAAGGUCGGAAUGGAAGGCCAAAGUCCCCCUCAUAGCUGCCAAGAUACCCGAUGUCCCUCUGCGCAUCUUGGCAGGCCUCUCUAAGACCGACGUUUACCGCAAGCCGAAUAUCGGGAUGUAUCAGGUCGUCGAGCAGCUCUACCGAGAGAAGGGGUAUGAGAUCGAUUUAGCCAGCUCAGUCUUCGUCGGGGACGCGGCGGGACGGGUCGCUGGGAAAGGCAGAAGAGCAGAUCACAGCAAUACGGAUCUGCAAUUCGCAGUGAAUGUAGGGGUCAGAUUUGUGACGCCAGAGGAGCACUUUCUUGGUGAUGCCAGACCGCCUUUUCCUGAACCGCCUGUCGGAUUCCGCCCUUCCCUUCUGGGUGGUCUAGCCAACCUCCCGGCAAUUGUUCCCUCGCAUACCCCGAUCACUCGUACGGAAACCGAGAUAGCCGUCUUCGUAGGGUCACCUGCAUCCGGCAAGACGUCCUUCUUCCGUCGCAACUUCUUGCCGAAGGGGUACGAGCAUGUCAACCAGGAUAUACUCAAGACCAGGGACCGGUGCAUCGCGCGUGCUGAGCUCUUGGUCAAAAGCGGCAAGUCCGUCGUCGUCGACAACACGAACCGGAACGCUGCCACCCGGGCAUACUGGGUCACUCUCGCAGAAACACUCAAAGUCCCGAUCCGCCUUUUCCACUUUCUCUGCCCGAUAGAGCUCGCCCGCCAUAACAAUAUGUAUCGAGCGGUCUAUGCGCCCAAGGAUGAGCCGGAGCGGACGCUCCUCCCUGCCUCGGCUUUCUGGGGGUACAAAAACGACUACCAGGCGCCGCAUGUAGACGAGGGGUUCGACGAGGUGAGAGGCGUCAACUUUGUGUGGGAAGGGACGGAGGAGCAGAGGCGCUUGUGGGAUAUGUACAUGCUUCAGACGAAGUGA